CACCACCUUCGUCCCGGAGUCGUAUACCUCCUCGUCUUCUUAUCAGUGUCCGAUACUGGUGGAUUUACUCGACAAGUGGGACGAUUGUGUGCCUUAUUAGGCCUGGUUAGAGGCUGUUUCAGCGAGCGAAGGACGAUCCGGCUUUAGGCAAACGCAAACCUGUGAACAACCCGCGCCCUCGCUCUCGCUUUCGCUUUUUGUCCACAUUCGAAAUAAGCCAAGAUGUCGAUGUUUGCGCAGACUGUGACGUACUCUGCUGCGCCUGUGCACAAGGUUCGCGAGGUGCAGUUUGGGAUCAUGAGUCCUGAGGAGAUUAAAGCGUACUCUGUCGCGAAGAUCGAGCAUUCGGAGGUGAUGGACGAGUCGGGAUAUCGACCGCGUGUGGGGGGCUUGAUGGAUCCUCGCAUGGGGACGAUUGACCGGAACUACAAGUGUCAGACGUGUGGCGAGGGGCCGGGAGACUGUCCGGGACAUUUUGGUCACAUCGAAUUGGCCAGACCGGUCUAUCAUGCUGGCUUCCUGGUCAAAGUAAAGAAAAUCCUUGAGUGUAUCUGUGUGAAUUGUGGCAAGCUCAAGGCGGAUAUUGGGGAUGACACCUUCCGUGUCCUCGUGAAGCGGGCCGAUAACCCCAAGAGGCGGUUGCAGAUAGUCUGGGAGUAUUGUAAGGGGAAGAUGUUGUGCGAGUCGGACGACAUGAAGGAGGAGGAAGAGGACCCGGAGAAGCCACAGAAACCUUCGCAUGGUGGAUGUGGUCACAUACAGCCGUUGAUUAGGAAGGAUGGGCUCAAGCUGUUCUUGGUGUACAAGAAGCGGAAAGGAGAUGAUGAUGAUGAGGAUGUCAAGCUAGCUCAGCCGGAAAAACGCCUGCUCACCGCAGCCGAGGCACACUCCAUAUUGCGGAAGAUACCGACAAGUGACCUCCGACUUAUGGGUCUCUCUGAACGAUACGCCCGACCAGAAUGGAUGAUUCUCUCCGUCAUCCCCGUCCCGCCUCCGCAGGUUCGACCGUCAAUCAUGUCCGACUCACUACGGAGUGAGGACGAUCUGACGUACAAGCUUGCGGACAUCCUCAAGACCAGCGCGACGUUGAGGAAACAUGAUGCCGAGGGUGCACCGGCGCAUGUUGUAUCGGAGAUUGAGCAGCUUCUCCAGUUCCACGUUGCAACAUACAUGGACAACGAGAUUGCUGGCCAACCUCGUGCGAUGCAAAAGAGCGGAAGGCCGGUCAAGGCCAUCCGCUCACGGUUAAAGGGCAAGGAAGGCCGGCUGCGCGGUAACCUCAUGGGCAAGCGUGUCGACUUUUCCGCCCGUACUGUCAUCACUGGUGACCCCAACAUCGCGCUGGACGAAGUCGGUGUUCCUAGAAGUAUUGCAAUGACGCUAACAUACCCUGAACGAGUGACUAAGUAUAAUCUUGAAAGGCUUACCGAACUCGUUCGAAAUGGCCCUGUAGAAUAUCCCGGCGCGCGGUAUAUCAUCCGUGACACGGGCGAACGUAUAGAUCUGAGGUAUAAGAGGGGUGAUGUUAGUUUGCAGAUUGGCUGGGUGGUGGAGCGGCACUUGAGGGACGGAGACUAUGUCCUCUUCAAUCGACAACCGUCGUUGCACAAGAUGUCGAUGAUGUCCCAUCGUGUUAGGGUGAUGCCAUAUUCGACUUUCCGACUGAAUCUCUCCGUAACGUCGCCGUAUAACGCAGAUUUCGAUGGAGACGAGAUGAACUUGCACGUACCUCAAAGUGAGGAGACGCGCGCCGAGUUGAAGGAAAUUGCAUGGGUGCCUCGUCAGAUCGUCUCACCACAAGCGAACAAACCAGUCAUGGGGAUUGUGCAGGACACCCUUUGUGGUAUCUAUAAGAUGACCCAGCGCGAUAUCUUCCUGGACUGGCCACUUGUGCAAAACAUCCUCCUGUGGGUACCUGACUGGGACGGCACUAUUCCCCACCCGUGCAUUAUCAAGCCGAAACCCAUGUGGUCUGGCAAACAGAUCAUCGCCCUUGUCAUUCCUCAAGGUAUCAAUCUGGCGAAUGGCAACCUCUCCAUCGGAAACCCGAUCAACGAUGACGCCCUCAUCAUCGAAAACGGCGAGAUCAUGAUGGGUAUCUUUAACAAGGGUAUUGUUGGCUCUUCUGCUGGCGGUCUCAUCCACGUGGUGUUCCGCGAACGAGGUCCUGAAGUAACCCGAGACAUGAUCGGCGGUAUUCAGACGGUCGUCAACUACUGGUUGUUCCAUAAUGGCUUCUCUAUUGGCAUCGGCGACACCGUCCCCGAUAAGCCCACCGAGAAGUCUAUCAUGACGAAUAUCGAGACGGCGAAAGAAGACGUGCGAAAAGUUGUGGAAGAGGCCGUCAAGGGCUUGCUCAAGCCCAGGCCUGGUAUGACCAUUCGCGAAUCUUUCGAAGCUUCCGUGAACGGUAUCCUCAAUCAAGUCCGUGACAAAUCCGGCAAGUCGGCCCAGCAGAGUCUGAAGCGCGAUAACAAUGUCAAGACCAUGGUCACGGCCGGCUCCAAAGGUUCGUUCAUCAACAUCUCCCAGAUGUCUGCCAUGGUGGGACAGCAAAACGUUGAAGGACAACGUAUCCCGUUCGGAUUUAAGCAUCGGACCUUGCCCCAUUUCACAAAAGACGACUUCAGCCCCGAAUCUCGCGGUUUCGUCGAGAAUUCGUAUCUUCGAGGUCUCACCCCUCAAGAGUUCUUCUUCCAUGCCAUGGCUGGUCGUGAAGGUCUGAUUGAUACCGCUGUCAAGACUGCCGAGACUGGUUAUAUCCAGCGUCGGUUGGUGAAGGCCAUGGAGGAUGUUAUGGUUGCCUACGAUGGUACCAUCCGGAACUCUCUGGGAGAUGUUCUGCAAUGGACCUAUGGGGAGGACGGCAUGGACGCAGCCCAUGUCGAAGAACAGAAAAUGUCGCUCCUCACAAUCAGUGACGCGGUAUUCCAAAAGAGCUUCCGGGUUGAUAUUCUCGCCGGUGCCGGUGCAGGCUUCUCUAGAAAUGCUCUGCAAGUUGGGAUCAUUGAUCCGAAAAAGGAGUUUGAUGUCCAAAAGCGGCUCGACGAAGAAUUUCAACAGCUGCAAGAUGAUCGUCGCUUACUGCGCACGUUUAUCUUCCCCAAUGGCCCGCCGAAGCGGUUGGUCUUGCCAGUCCCUAUCUCGCGUAUUGUUCAGAAUGCCAAGGCAGCCUUCGAAAUCGAUCGUCGACGAUCCAGUGACCUCGACCCUGUCUAUAUCAUUGACGAGGUCAAAGCACUAUGCACCAGGCUGAAGGUUGUGCCAGGAGAACACGCACUUGCUAUGCGCAUGCAGCAAGACGCCACACUCCUGUUCCAAAUCAUGUUGCGUGAACAGCUUGCUGUUCGUCGUGUCAUCGAGGAACAUCGACUGCAGAAGGUUGCGUUCGAUUUCAUUGUCGGAGAAAUCGAGCAACAGUUCCUUCGUGCGCGUGCCCACGCUGGAGAAAUGUGCGGUGUACUUGCGGCGCAAUCCAUCGGAGAACCCGCCACUCAGAUGACGCUGAACACGUUCCACUAUGCUGGUGUGUCCAGCAAGAACGUGACCCUCGGUGUGCCUCGGUUGAAGGAAAUCAUCAACGUUGCUACCCACCUGAAAACUCCUCGUCUGAAGGUGUAUCUCGAUCCAAAUGUCGCCAUAUCGCCCGAGGCAUCCAAGGCUGUCCUCACCGAGCUUGCACAUGCUACUCUGCGCACUAUUACAAAGUCGACCGAGAUCUAUUACGAUCCUGAGCCGUCAACGACCCGCAUUGAAGAAGACCGUGACUUCGUUGAAGCCUUCUUCUCAAUUCCCGACGAGGAGGUUGAACAGAAGAUGAACCUCCAGUCGCCUUGGUUGCUGCGUCUAGAGCUUGAUCGAGCUCAGAUACUUGACAAGAAGCUCGAGAUGAGCUACGUCGCGAGCAAGAUUUCAGAGGCCUUCCAAUCUGACAUCUUUGUCAUCUGGUCGGAAGACAACGCUGAGAAGCUAAUUAUUCGGUGCCGUGUCAUCAACAAUCAGUCCGACAAGGAUGAAUCUGGAAAUAUCGAGGAAGAUGUAUUCUUGCGCAAGCUUGAAAACACGAUGCUCAACUCAAUCAGUCUUCGUGGUGUAGACGGCAUCAGCCGAGCUUUCAUGGUACAGGACAGCAAGACAGUGCUGACACCCGAAGGUGACUACCGCACUGACAAGGACGACUGGAUGCUCGAAACGGAGGGCAUCAACCUAAAGAAAGUUCUUUGUGUCGAAGGAGUCGAUGCCACAAGGACGACCACGAACUCUCUCCUCGAGGGCUUCGAAGUUCUGGGCAUUGAAGCAGCGCGCGCAGUGCUCCUUACGGAACUUCGUGAAGUGCUCGAGUUCGACGGUUCGUAUGUAAACUUCCGCCAUCUCGCCCUGCUCUGUGAUAUUAUGACAUAUCGCGGCACCUUGAUGUCGAUCACACGUCAUGGGAUCAAUCGAACAGAUGCUGGCGCGCUCAUGCGUUGUUCCUUCGAAGAGACGGUCGAAAUUUUGUUCGAGGCCGCUGCUAUGGGUGAGAAGGAUGAUUGCCGCGGUAUAGCCCAGAAUAUCAUGUUUGGGCAAGUUGCGCCGCUGGGUACGGGGGCAUUUGACGUAUACCUGGACAUGGAUAUGUUGAAAGACGUGCCGAUCGACGAGGCCAUUACUGCCGCUGAGUUUACCAUGGACGGAGGCAUGACUCCUGCUGCCGGCUCAAUGACCCCCUAUGAUCGGUCGCCGGUGUAUGAGGGAGGGUUCAGGGCAGAAGCUGCCGCUUUCUCGCCCCUGGUCAUGGCCGGCGCGGACGAAACUUCGCAGUUCUCAUACCGUGCUACUCUUGGGCAAAGCCCCCUCGGAGCCGGUCUCGGAGGUGCCUCCCCAGGCUAUGCUCCCACGUCGCCGGCGUAUUCGCCUACGUCUCCAUUCGUGCCAACAUCACCUGGAUACACCAGUGGCGCAACAUCGCCCUUCAUCACAUCCCCGUUGGGCGCAGGGGCCACGUCGCCGUUCUACGACCCUCGUCGCACUGCCGCCAUGGCCACCUCCCCAACGUACUCGCCAACGUCUCCCGCCCUCCAGAUGACGUCGCCUGCGUACACCCCAACGAGUCCGGCCUAUACCCCUACGUCGCCGAACUUCUCACCUACCUCCCCAUCCUUCUCUCCCACGUCCCCAAAUCCACGGGCGGCCACUGGGUACUCGCCUACGAGUCCGCAGUAUUCGCCUACGUCCCCGCAAUACUCGCCCACAUCUCCACAAUACACCCCCACAUCUCCGCAGUACUCACCUACGUCCCCUCAUCUUUCACCUACUAGUCCACGCUACAGCCCCACUUCGCCGGUGCACGGUGCGUCGACGCAGUUCUCGCCCACAUCACCGGCAAUGAUGUCUCCUACAUCCCCGAGCUAUUCGCCAGCAUCUCCUGCUUAUUCCCCCACGUCGCCAGCGUAUGAGGGAGCAGCGAGUCCCGCUCGUGGUAACCAACAGAACGGGCAGAACACUUCCGGGUACGCAUCCAAGCAGAAGUUCCAAGCGUCUCCCUCUUGGGAGUAAGCAGUGGUGCGAACAAUGAGCAACUGUAGACGCCUUUCAUCUAUGCACUCCAUAACCUCUCUUGUUGCCUUUUCCCUCCAUCGAUCCCUCGACCGCUAUCCAUCGCCUCCUAACCACCGAUCACGUCCAGUUAUCUCCACCACUUUCCCUGUCCUGUGCGUACUUUACAGUUCCUGUCACAUCCAUAAACCCUGUAGUUCCUUGCAAUGGUAUCCGUC